AUGCAGUGCUCUGCUGACAACAAGAUGUAAGUCGAGACCGGUGAGCACAGUGGGAGAAACCAGAAUUGAAACCUGCGGUGCUUCAGUGAAGGUAGGCUUGGAAUGAAGAUUUGCUUAUUUUGUUAAAUUUGUCCUUGAAAUACUGUAGUUUGGUGUCGGCAUCUGCAUGCGGUUUGUUUUUCAACCAUGUUUUCUAAAUAUGUCCUUGUUUUUGCUUGAGCAAAUAGGCAGUGCAAUAAAGUUGUAUAACAUUUUACGUCAGACUGAUGAUGUGUACUGAAAUGUUUCUACCAAUACUGGCGGCAGUUAGGCUAUAUAAUAUAAUAACUUUUUUCUAAGAGGGAACUUCUGUGAUUGUCAUGUAGGCUAUGAUUUUUCAGCACUGGUCAACAUUAACAUAAUUGCAACCAUUUUGUGAGCUUGUGACUAUGAUGAUUAUCAAGGUUUUCUGUUUUUCCUUGUAUUACCCAUAUCGUUAAUCUCUCUUUUGAACAAGGCAUCUUUCCCAAGGGCAUGAAACAAGCUAAAGUUAUACCCCUGUAUAAGAAGGGGAUAAAGUCUGACCCAGGGAAUUGUAGGCCUGUAUCUAUCCUCAGUGUAACAUCAAAGAUCCUGGAGAGAGUUGUACAUGACCAAAUGUAUGAAUGUGUCAACAAACAAAUUCUAAAGUAUAAUUUUCAGUCAGGGUUUAGAAAAAUUUACUCCACUGAUUCAGGUCUACUUUACUUGACUGACUUCAUCAGGGAAGAGAUUGAUGAGGGAAAUAUUUGUGGAAUGGUGCUGCUUGACCUACAGAAGGCCUUUGAUACAGUUAACCACUGUCUCCUAAUCUCCAAACUUGAGGCACUGGGGUUAAGCAGUAUCCCUCGAGGCUGGGUAAAGUCCUACUUGUCAGGUAGGGAGCAAGUGGUAGAGGUUAAUGGUUCACUGUCUCAGGCAAGACCAAUGAGUUGUGGCGUUCCGCAGGGGAGUGUGCUUGGGCCUCUACUGUUUUUACUGUAUAUUAACGAUAUGAAAGAUGCUUGUUCUUGACGUCUUUUCCUUUAUGUGGAUGACUCUACUCUUACAUUUACAUUUUAGUCAUUUAGCAGACGCUCUUAUCCAGAGUGCAUAAUUUACAAAACAUUUUUUUAAAUACUUCUGGUGUCUCAUAAAAGUACAACUAUGUUGGAGAGCAUGCUUAGCACAGAGCUUACUAACAUUAGCAAAUGGCUUGGAGAUAAUAAGAUAUAUCUGUACUUAGGUCAAACUGAGGCAAUUAUUUUUGGUUCCCGACCUAAAUUGUGUAGGUCCUCUUCUAAUCAGAUUGGAGUUAGGGGGUGAGGUGCUGAAUACUAAAACCUCUGUUAGCUACCUGGGAUGCAUGCUUGAUGGAAGCUUGGAGGGGGGGUGUGAGCAUGGCCACUAACGUGCUAGGGAAGGUUAAUGCCAGGACCAAGUUUUAGCUAGAAAGUCCAAGCUGCAUGAUAAGGACUCCACGAGAGUGCUAGCCUCUGCCUUCAUUCAAUUUUGACUACUCUAGUACUUCCUGGUUUGGGGGCUCAUCUAAAACUUCUGAAGGCGAAGCUCCAGAUAGCCCAGAAUAAACUGAUCAGGGUAGUGUUGAAGGAGGGUCCAUGUACACACAUAGGCAGGCGCUGCUUUCAGGAACUGAACUGGCUGCCUGUUGAGGCUAGGGUGUCCCAGAUUAGACUGGGUCUGGUUUAAUUGGGGUGUCGCAGAUUUAGACUGGGUCUGGUUUAAUUGGGGUGUCCCAGAUUAGACACGGGUCUGGUUUAAUUAGGGUGUCCCAGAUUAGACACGGGUCUGGUUUAAUUGGGGUGUCCCAGAUUAGACACGGGUCUGGUUUAAUUAGGGUGUCCCAGAUUAGACACGGGUCUGGUUUAAUUAGGGUGUCCCAGAUUAGACACGGGUCUGGUUUAAUUGGGGUGUCCCAGAUUAGACACGGUCUGGUUUAAUUGGGGUGUCCCAGAUUAGACACGGUCUGGUUUAAUUAGGGUGUCCCAGAUUAGACACGGGUCUGGUUUAAUUAGGGUGUCCCAGAUUAGACACGGGUCUGGUUUAAUUAGGGUGUCCCAGAUUUAGACUGGGUCUGGUUUACAGGAGUAUUUAUGGUUCUGCACCCAGAUAUCUGACUGGUUACUUUUCCCAUGUUAGGGAUGCACACAACCACAGCACCAGAUCAGGUGUUGCUAAUGUGCUUAUACAGGUUCAGGAGUAAUGCUGGGAAAGGUACUUUCUUGCCUAGCCUCAGAGUGGAAUGAGUUGCCUCUGCCCAUAAAAACGACAUCCUCUCUGGGAAGCUUUAAAAAUAAAGUUAAAAAACUGUCUGUCUUCUGUGCCCAUUUGAAUGUCCCCUAUGAUGUAACUGCAACGAUUAGAUAUAUGUUCUCCUUUGUUUUUAUGUUGUAUUAUCACGCUGCCAUACUGUGUUCCAUCGUGUCGAUCUUGCCUAGCCAUCUUGUCUCAAGAGGAUCACUGUAACGGAGACGCAGUGAGUCAGGAAGCAGGUGCAGUCGGUGAGUUUAAUAGGAACGAACAUGGCGUGAAUACAAAAACGGGAGUAGCGUCUAAACAUGAAACAAGGAAACAAUACGACCUAAUGGGUGAUACAACGGAGUGCUAGAUAAAGGGGAAGUAAUCAGGGAGUGAUGGAGUCCAGGUUUGCCUCAUGAUGGUUGCCAGGAGUGCGUAAUGAUGGUUGCCAACAGUGCGUAAUGAUGGGUUGCCAGGACGGUGGUUAGUAGACCGGCGACAUGGAGCGGGAGUAGACGUGACAAUAACAAUAGAAUAUGUCCCAGACUAUUAUGUUAUCCUCUAUGAUUUUACUCAUGUCCAUGUAUGGCUUGUUUUAUGUGUGCUUGUCUUUUUUAAAAUGGUCGAAUUAAUAAACUUAAAUCUACUUAUAGAUUGAUUUGAGUGAGUGUGGGGUGUCAAUUAUUUUUUGAAAAAGCGACUGUUUAUUCCAAUUAUGUGAUAAUUUGCUAUUACAAGCACUUCCAACCAGCUAUACUAGAUUAUUAAUCAGAGAAUAAUGUGUUCCUGCUGGAUCUAGCAGCUUUACUGAAAUGAUCAUUAAGAUGGUUCGGAAAUGUCUAGUAUUAUGUCAAUAUAAGUCUAUUGAUGAAAUGAUAUACAGUUGAAGUCGGAAGUUUACAUACACCUUAGCCAACUACAUUUAAACUCAGUUUUUCACAAUUCCUGACAUUUUAAUCCUAGUAAAAAUUCCCUGUCUUAGGUCAGUUAGGAUCACCACUUUUUAUUUUAAGAAUGUGAAAUGUCAGAAUAAUAGUAGAGAGAAUUAUUUAGUUAAGCUUUUAUUUAUUUCAUCACAUUCCCAGUGGGUCAGAAGUUUACAUACACUCAAUUAAUAUUUGGUAGCAUUGCCUUUUAAAUUGUUUAACUUGGGUCAAACGUUUCGGGUAGCCUUCCACAAGCUUCCCUAAAUAAGUUGGGUGAAUUCUGGACCAUUCCUCCUGACAGAGCUGGUGUAACUGAGUCAGGUUCGUAGGCCUCCUUGCUUGCACACACUUUUUCAGUUCUGCCCACACAUUUUCUAAAGGAUUGAGGUCAGGGCGUUGUGAUGGCCACUCCAAUAACUUGACUUUGUUGUCCUUAAGCCAUUUUGCCACAACUUUGGAGUAUGCUUGGGGUCAUUGUCCAUUUGGAAGACCCAUUUGCGACCAAGCUUUAACUUCCUGACUGAUGUCUUGAGAUGUUGCUUCAAUAUAUCCACAUAAUUUUCCUUCCUCAUGAUGCCAUCUAUUUUGUGAAGUGCACCAGUCCCUCCUGCAGCAAAGCACCCCCACAGCAUGAUGCUGCCACCCCCAUGCUUCACGGUUGGGAUGGUGUUCUUCGGCUUGAAAGCAACCCCCUUUUUCCUCCAAACAUAACAAUGGUCAUUAUGGCCAAACAGUUCUAUUUUUGUUUCAUCAAACCAGAGGACAUUUCUCCAAAAAGUACGACCUUUGUCCCCAUGUGCAGUUGCAAACUGUAGUCUGUCUUUUUUAUGGGGGAUUUGGAGCAGUGGCUUCUUCCUUGCUGAGCGGCCUUUCAGGUUAUGUCGAUAUAGGACUCGUUUUUACUGUGGAUAUAGAUCAUUUUGUACCUGUUUAGAGUUAUGCAUAUUGUAAAACAGUGUCUCUGUUUGUUGUCCCCAUGCAGGCAGCCCCCGUCUGAUGGAGAGGUCGUCUUCUACAACCAGGCGUCAGGCCUGGUUCCAGACCGGUCGCCAGUGGCCUACCCUGAAAGAACAAGAUCCACAGGGACCUCCAUCCACCCAUCCGUCUGUUCCACACCAGUCUGCAUCAGAGGAUGACGUCUUCUCAGAUGGUCAGUUCUCAUUUCGGUAUUUUGAUAAAGAGUUUACAUUUGAGUGGCAUUGCUGCAUUACUGCAUAAUAUCUAUUGAACAACAACAGGCAGGAGGUUAAAACUCCCUAACAACAACAACAACAACAGGCAGGAGGUUAAAACUCCCUAACAACAACAGGCAGGAGGUUAAAACUCCCUAACAACAACAACAACAACAACAACAACAGGCAGGAGGUUAAACUCCCUAACAACAACAGGCAGGAGGUUAAAACUCCCUAACAACAACACUGUUUAGUCUAGUAUAUUUACAAGUCACAAUAUGUGGGCCGCUGUAUGGUGCAUCACAGCUUUACGACAAAACAGAGCAAAAACAGUGUAAGAAGUGUUAAUUUGCUGAAUGCUCACCCAGACUGUUCUAUAUCUGUUUCCACAGGAUGCUCAGCAGGAAAGAUUGAGAGCUGGCUGCUGGGCUGUGGGUGAGUGAGCAUGCCGUGCAAGGUUUGACUUUGAAAUGAAAAAACUUCAGAGAAAGACUCGGUAGGCAAGGAUGAUGCGUCAGUGGAAGCUAAAGGUUGAGGGAAACCGCCCACAGUGUGGGGGGAAAUGUUACAGACGUGAAUUGCCAGUAUUAGGUUGUGCUUGAAAAUAGAUGCCUUCUGUUUAGGAUAUGGAUACAGGUCAAUGGCAUGGCCCAAAGGGGAUUCUUGAGUCAGUUCCAAAACACCUUGGUUCUAGAACUAGUUGUGUUCUAUUUAUAAUGUUGGACAUUCUAUUUCCGAACUUCCUUUUGGUGUUUAUAGUCUCAGGUUUCCAUCAUAUUUGGUAGAAUAGUACUGUUUGUUCUGUUGAUUCCUCCAGUUAUGUUUAACGGUAAAUAGCAGCCAUGUUAGCACAGAAAAGCAAUUGUUGUGUAACUGGAUGGAAACUUUAGUAUUGUGUAAUUACAUAUGUAUUACCAAUGAUCAUAGAUUACUUGGUUGCGACUCUAUUUGCAACAUGAUGUCAUGAACGCAAGUCGAAUUGCUCAAGUAGUCUGAAAACGUGGCUUAAAGGGACAUGUGAACUUGGAUUAUUACUUUGGGGGGGGGGGGGGGGUUUGUCAGAUAAAUUAGAUAAGAAAUGGGGUGUUCUUAAAACAUCAGAUUAACUUGACUUAACUAUCUGACACUCCACUUGAGAGCAUUUCCUCUGUAGGAAGUGAACAAACUUGUAAAAGCUAUAGCUCUGCUGGACAGACUGGGAUGAUAGCUGGCUAGAGAUGAUCCCUAUAGGUUUGACCCUGUAUAGUAACUCACUGUUGGCUGGGCUCCCUGCCUGUGCCAUUAAACCCCUACAACUCAUCCAGAAUGCCGCAGCCCGUCUGGUGUUCAACCUUCCCAAGUUCUCUCACGUCACCCCGCUCCUCCGCACACUACACUGGCUUCCAGUUGAAGCUCGCAUCUGCUACAAGACCAUGGUGCUUGCCUACGGAGCUGUGAGGGGAACGGCACCUCCGUACCUUCAGGCUCUGAUCAGUCCCUACACCCAAAUGAGGGCAUUGCGUUCAUCCACCUGUGGCCUGCUGGCUCCCCUACCUCUGCUGAAGCACAGUUCCCGCUCAGCCCAGUCAAAACUGUUCGCUGCUCUGGCACCCCAAUGGUGGAACAAGCUCCCUCACGACGCCAGGACAGCGGAGUCACUCACCACCUUCCGGAGACAUUUGAAACCCCACCUCUUUAAGGAACACCUGGGAUAGGAUAAAGUAAUCCUUCUAAUCCCCCCCCCUUACCCCACCCCACCCCCCAAAAAAUAAAUAAAUAAAUAAAUAGUAAAGUGGUUAUCCCACUGGCUAUAAGGUGAAUGCACCAAUUUGUAAGUCGCUCUGGAUAAGAGCGUCUGCUAAAUGACGUAAAUGUAGUAAAGAUACAGUAGGUCUGGUUUGACCUGGAUGUGUUUAACACAGAGAGGGCAAAGCUUAAGCAACCAUUAACAAUCUAUCUAACAGACAGUAGUAUUUAUUCAUUCCAACUGCAGCUGAUCACUGGGGCUAGAUAGCCAGUCAGGAAAUAUAUAUAUAUAUAUAUCAGUCAAAAGUUUGGACACAUCUACUCAUUCCAGGGUUUUUCUUUGUUUUUACUAUUUUCUACGUGGUAGAAUAAUAGUGAAGACAUCAAAACUAUGAAAUAACACAUAUGUAGUAAACAAAAAAAAAGUGUUAAACAAAUCAAAAAUAUAUUCAAAGCCACCCUUUGCCUUGAUGACAGCUUUGCACACUAUUGGCAUUCUCUGAACCAGCUUCAUGAGGUAGUGACCUGGAAUGCAUUUCAAUUAACAGGUGUGCCUUGUUAAAAGUUCAUUUGUGGAAUUUCUUUCCUUCGUAAUGCAUUUGAGCCAAUCAGUUGUGUUGUGACAAGGUAGGGGGGGUAUACAGAAGAUAGCCCUAUUUGGUAAAAGACCAAGUCCAUAUUAUGGCAAGAACAGCUCAAAUAAGCAAGAGAAACAACAGUCCAUCAUUACUUUAAGACAUGAAGGUCAGUCAAUCCGGAACAUUUCAAGAACUUUGAAAGUUUCUUCAAGUGCAGUCGAAAAAAACAUCAAGCUCUAUGAUGAAACUGGCUCUCAUGAGGACCACCACAGGAAAGGAAUACCCAGAGUUACCUCUGCUGCAGAGGAUAAGUUCAUCAGAGUUAACUGCACCUUAGAUUGCACCCCAAAUAAAUGCUUCACAGAUUUCAAGUAACAGACACAUCUCAACAUCACCUGUUCAGAGGAGACUGCGUGAAUUAGGCCUUCAUGGUCAAAUUGCUGCAAAGAAACCACUACUAAAGGACACCAAUAAGAAGAAGAGACUUGCUUGGGCCAAGAAACAUGACCAAUGGACAUUAGACAGGUGGAAAUCUGUCCUUUGGUCUGAUGAGUCCAAAUUUGAGAUUUUUGGUUCCAACCGCCGUGUCUUUAUGAGACUGUCACGAUCGUUGAACGGAGUAGACCAAGGCGCAGCGUGAAGAACAAACAUUCUUUUAUCUUUAGUGAUAAUCCAACAAAACAAAACGAUGACGUGACAUCCUAGGUUAAACAACCAACACGGAACAAACCAAACGGAACAAGAUCCCACAACUAUUGUGGGAAAACAGCCUGUUUAAAUGUGGUUCCCAAUCAGAGACAACCAGCCACAGCUGACACUCGUUGCCUCUGAUUGAGAACCACACUGGCCAACAUAGAAAUAGAACACAUAGAACUACAACACAGAACUAGAACACAUAGAAACUACACACCCUGGCUCAACAUAUAGAGUCCCCAGAGCCAGGGUGUGACAGUACCCCCCCCCCCCCCCCCCCCCAAAGGCGCAGACUGCGACCGCGCCUCCACAUAAACCAAACAGGGGAGGGCUGGGUGGGCAUUCCUCCUCGGAGGCGGUUCCGGCUCCGGGCUUGCCCACCACCCUCCAAUAAUCCCCCCGUAGCGCCCCUGGUCCGGUCUGGCCCCGCUGGCUGGAGCUGGACUGGACAUCGUAGGAGCGGAUUGCUUAAGCUCCGGUGUGGAGCAGCUGACCGGUACCUGACCAGGCACCGGUGACCCAGGCACAGGUUGUGCCGGACUGACGACGCGCACCCCUGGCUUGGUGCGUGGAGCAGGAACGGGCCGGACCGGGCUGACGAUGCGCACCCCAGGCUUGGUGCGUGGAGCAGCAACGGGCCGGACCGGGCUGACGAUGCGCACCCCUGGCUUGGUGCGUGGAGCAGGAACGGGCCGGACCGGGCUGACGAUGCGCACCCCUGGCUUGGUGCGUGGAGCCGGAACGGGCCGUACCGGGCUGACGAUGCGCACCCCUGGCUUGGUGCGUGGAGCAGGAACGGGCCUUACCGGGCUGACGACUCGCACCCCUGGCUUGGUGCGAGUGGCAGGAACAGGCCGGGCCGGGCUGGCGACGCGCACCGUAGGCUUGGUGCGAGUGGCAGGAACAGGCCGGGCCGGGCUGGUAAGUCGCUCUGGACCAUGUAAGUCGCUCUGGAUAAGAGCGUCUGCUAAAUGACUAAAAUGUAAUGUAAAAUGUAAGACCUCUGCAAAGAGGCUCAAAGCUACAUCAGGUUCAGGGAUAGCUGAAAUGCAAUCAAGGUCACAAAAAAAAAAAAAGCCUGCUUUAAUGAAGUUUUUAAAGUUCCUCUUUUGAUGACACAAGGCUUAGAUUGUUGUAUUCGCACAUCUCUAACGCAAACAACUGGGCAAUGGUCACUAAUGUCUUGGGUGAAAACACCAGUAGAAACAUUUAUCUGGUGUAUUCGUUAAAAUAAAAUCAGAGUUGACUUUGAAGGAUCUUUAGGGUUGGGCCGUGUAGGCUUAGUCACCAGCUGGGUUAGGUUUAGAUCAUUACACAUUACUUUUAGAUUGUCUGAAGCCUGCAUUUCCCAAUCAUAAUUUAAGUCACCCAGGAUAAUAACUUCUGAUUUUAGUAAAAGAAGACAACAAACUAGUUAACUCAUCGAGUGCACAAAGGUUAGCCGAGGGAGGAUGGUAGACCCCUAUAACAGCUAUGGAUACACUUUUCCUCAGACAAAGGCUUAAAGAUAUACUGAACAAAAAUAUGAACACAACAUGCAUCAAUUUCAAAGAUUUUACUGAGUAACUGUUCAUAUAAGGAAAUCAGCCAAUUGAAAUAAAUAAAUUAGGCCCUACUGUAUUGCCAAAUUCUCUAAAACGACGUUGGAGGGGGGCUUAUGGUAGAGAAAUUAACAUUCAUUUUUCUGGCAACAGCUCUGGUGGACAUUCCUGCAGUCAGCAUGCCAAUUGCACGCUUCCUCAAAACUUGAGACAUCUUUGGCAUUGUGUUGUAUGACAAAACUGCAAAUUUUAGUGGCCGUUUAGUGUCCCCAGCACAAGGUGCACCUGUGUAAUGAUCAUGCUGUUUAAUCAACUUCUUGAUAUGCCACACCUGUCAGGUGGAUGGAUAAUUUUGGCAAAGGAAAUGCUCACACUCAGGGAUGUGUGUAUAUAAUGAUGGAAUGUUAUAAACUGACUUACAUGGGCUGUGGUUGCUAUGUGCAACAGCCCAAGCCCUCUACGUGAUUUGAAAACCGAGGGGGGUAUUCAAGUUUAUGGAAUUCACAUUUGAACUAAAAACACUGGAUGAGCAGACCACAGUGGGCUCCUCUUUUGAGCUAACAAUAGCAGAUCAAAGUGUAGAGUUCAAAUGAAUGGGGAUAAGAUUACAACUGACAGUAUAGACAACAGGAAGACGAUAAUGCUGGGAGCAAAUAGCCUACAUAAAGAGCUGUCAACCACAAAGAUUAAAAACCUGAUGUAUCCUCUUUGCUGACAUCUGGGCCAAAAUGGGUGAAUCUGAUUUAAAAACGCCUUAGUAGCAAAAUGUCAGAUAUGAAUAUGCAAAUAGUGGAAUGUUGUAAUAAUAAAGAUUUUGUUUUGGUGUGUAGGAUUGGUAACAACAUGUAACCUACAUCUUCUCAUUAGGCUGGAGACAGGCUCAGAAAACUCUAGUCAUAAUCUGACUGUUGGUAAGUCUGACAACAAAGCCACCAUCACUGAAUUCUACUGUCAGCAUGGAGUCAUGAUAUCAUAUCCUACUGGUCAGAACAGAACACUGAUUUUAGUCUCUUCUGUCCCCUCCUCUCCUCUUCUGUCCCCUCCUCUCCUCUUCUGUCCCCUCCUCUCCUCUUCUGUCCCCUUCUCUCCCCUCCUCUCCUCUUCUGUCCCCUUCUCUCCCCUCCUCUCCUCUUCUGUCCCCUUCUCUCCCCUCCUCUCCUCUUCUCCCUCCUCUCCUCUUCUGUCCCCUUCUCUCCCCUCCUCUCCUCUUCUGUCCCCUUCUGUCCCCUCCUCUCCUCUUCUGUCCCCUUCUCUCCCGUUCUCUCCUCUCCUCUUCUGUCCCCUCCUCCUCUUCCAGAGUCUCUGCUGAAAUUGAACAGUUUUGAAGAUGACCUGAGUCUGGGGGCCGAGGGUGAGGAUGAAAGAGAACAUAAACCCAUCGGCACAGACACACACACGUACACCCACACACACAGACACACACAGACACACACACACACGCACACACACACACACACACACACAGACACAGACACACACACACACACGCACACGUACCCACACACACACACACGUACCCACGUACCCACACACGUACACACACGUACACAGAUAAAAACACACCAUAGGAAAUAAUCAAAGCAGGAAAUAGCUUUGAGGAACAUUAGGAGAGCACCAUGGAUGUUUUGGGAAAGGUUAUUUGAAUCUUUGUUCCUGCUCGUGUGUGUGUGUGUGACCUUUAUUAAGUCCAUUAUACCUGUUUGAAUAGUGGAAGCUUUCAUUUUUGCCAUUUAAAUCCAGAGUACAGGUCUGUGCAUGUUGGUGAGAUACCCCGUCCUCAUGGCAUAGGACUGCUUCUUCACUGCUAGUACAUCAAGCCUGUGUAGCCUACUGUAGUUUACACUGCAAUAAAACAAAAGGCUCAUUGUAGUGUCAAACGUUCACCUCCUUCCUUGAGCUUCUGACGUGCAUGUUAUUUAGCUGACUGACUGACUCUCUCCCUAAGAUUGGCCCGAUAUAGAAAGCAAAGAUGAGGGCGUGUCUGAAACGAGAUAAGCCAUUGCUCACUGAAGCCUAGUCGCAACACAAAGGGCCAAAUGUCACAAAAGACAUUUCCCAAAUCUUCUGGGGGGGAAAACACACACACACACACACACACACACACACAACCAGUAUUCUCUUUUCACUCAAACUUUACUUUUCUUUAACGUUUUACAGCUACAGCAUUAAAUGUUGAGGAAGGAGUCUCAGAACUGGGGUAAGAAAAUAUCAACAUGAAGAAUAUGUGGAUUCAUUACAUAAAUGAUAUCUAAACGUCUUUCCUAUUUUAGAGAGGAGGUUUAGUCAAGUAUGGUUGAAGUGACACGAGUUGACCUGCUUUUAUCUCCCCAUGGUGGUGCCUGCUGGCUAAAUGGUGCCUGUGUAGGAGCUGCCCACUGCUGCUUCCGCCACCCAAGCAUCCUCACAGAGGAGUCACCACCAGGUCAGUGCCCACUGGCCACCCACAGUAGAUGUGUCAAUUGUACAAAGUACUACACAUGGCAAGGUACAUUUUAUAUUCUGGAGUUUAUUUUUAUUUUUUACAAUGCAUCUUUAUGCAUUUUCCCAGCUACUAGCACAUUAAAUACGGGUACAUUAAGAUAUGACUUCUGUUGAAUACAGGCAUAAUAAUAGCAUGCAUCAACCAACCAUUACAUUGUUAUUAGAACCUUUCUGGUUUGUUUUGUUUAUUUUUGUCUAUCUGCAGUACUCCCCGCCAGAGGCUGGCUCUGCCCCUUCUCCACCUGGGUCACAGUAUGGCCUCCAGUGGGGUCUCCAAAAGCACCUGUAAAGCAUCAAGGUGAGUUAGGACCAACCACUCAGCCUGAUGUUAGGACCAACCACUCAGCCUGAUGUUAGGACCAACCACUCAGCCUGAUGUUAGGACCAACCACUCAGCCUGAUGUUAGGACCAACCACUCAGCCUGAUGUUUCAGUCUAACAGUAGAUAUAGAACAACACCACUGAGAAUGCUUUAAACAUAAAUUCAGUCAGUAGAUCUCUCUCUCUUCCUCUAUCUCUCUGUCCCCGCUCUCUCUUUUUUUCUAUCUGUCUCGCUGACUCAUCACCUACACACACACACACACACACACCCCAGUGUGUCGGAGGCGCUGCAGAUGUGUGCGGAGGAUGCAGAGGAGACUCUGUACCAAUUAGGGUUUUGGUUGUGAUGAGCCUGAGGUCACGGCCCGUAUCCCUACCCGCUUCAUCAACUUCCCCUCCCAUGCCCACGGCAUCAACCUCCGCCUCUUUCUCCAGUCCCAACUGAGCCGGCUCCGACAGGAGGACCCAGGACUCUCCCUGGCCAGUAAGACACACACACACACACACACUCACACCAAUGUGUCGGACUCCCACCCACACUACUGUGGUCAUCACCAUCACACAACACCCACAGCCAAGAUAUAGAUAGUCUGAAUAUGACUCUGCUAUCAUUUACAUAACUGUAGUUAUGUAGCACUCAGCUUCAUUUACAUAACUGUAGAUAGCACUUUUCAUGCAUUUCAGUUCAAAAAGUUUCAUCACUAAAUCAAAGUGUACAAUGGACAACUACAUCUACAGACAGAUGGCGUCUACAUGAUUCAGCAUGGGAUACAGUGCCUUCGCAAAGUAUUCUCACCCCUUGACUUAUUCCACAUGUUGUUGUGUUACAGCCUGAAUUCAAAAUUGAUUAUGUCUAUUUCUUUCUCUCACCCAUCGACAUAAAAUACCCCAUAAUGACAAAGUGAAAACAUGUUUUUAGCACAUUUAUUGAAAUGUAAUUCAGAAAUAUCUCAAUUAUACUGAACAAAAAUAAAAAACGCAACAUGCAACAAUUUCUAUGGUUUUACUGAGUUACAGUUCAUAUAAGGAACUCAGUCAAUUGAAAUACAUUUUCCCCACAAAAUAGCUUUAUUAUAGACAGAAAUACUCCUCAGUUUCAUCAGCUGUCCGGCUGGCUGGUCUCAGAUGAUCCCGCAGGUGAAGAAGCCGGAUGUGGAGGUCCUGGGCUGGCGUGGUUACACGGGGUCUGCGGUUGUGAGGCUGGUUGGACGUACUGCCAAAUUCUCUAAAGCAAAGUUGGAGGUGGCUUAUGGUAGAGAAACGUUAAAUUCUCUUAUUUGAGCAUAAAAGCGUUUCCACCGACAUUUCUCGCAUAGUUCAUUUUACCGACACAAAAUGAUCCCGCCUUGUCUAGUGUAUUUUGUUUUGUCAAAUAUUUGCUUCCAUCAGGCCUGUCGUGACACUUUUUUUUUAAUCCAACGUACUUUUUACUCGCAUAAAAAGGUUGGAUGGAAACUUGUCACGAUCGUUACAGGAAGAUACGGACCAAGGCGUAGCGUGAUAAGCGUACAUCUUUAUUUAGUACACAACACGAACCAAAACAACAAACAAACGAUACGUGAAGUCCUAGGUUACACUAAACAAACCUUUCGGAACAAGAUCCCACACCGACUAGUGCCAAACGGGAUGCCUAAGUAUGGUCCCCAAUCAGAGACAACGAGCUACAGCUGUCUCUGAUUGGGAACCACCCUGGCCAACAUAGAAACUAAACGAUCUAGAACAAAACAUAGAAAAACUAAACAUAGAGCAUCCACACCCUGGCUCAACAAUUAAGAGUCCCCAGAGCCAGGGCGUGACAAAACAUGGUUAUUGUCCUGCUGAAAGGUGAAUUCAUCUCCCAGUGUCAGGUGGAAAGCAGACUGAAUCAGGUUUUCCUCUAGGAUUUUGCCCGUGCUUAGCUCCAUUACAUUAAUUUUUUUAUCCUGAAAAACUCCCCAGUCCUUAACGAUUACAAGCAUACCCAUAACAUGAUGCAGCCACCACUAUGAAAAUAUGGAGAGUGGUACCCCGUAAUGUGUUGUAUUGGAUUUUCUCCAAACAUAAACUAUUCAGGACAAAAAGUGUAUUGCUUUGCCACAUUUUUUGCAGUAUUACUUUAGUGCCUUGUUGCAAACAGAUGCGUGUUUUGGAAUAUUUUUAUUCUGUAUUGUGGAGGAACUACAAUGUUGUUGAUCCAUCCUCAGUUUUCUCCUUUCACAGCCAUUAAACUAUGUAACUGUUUUAAAGUCACCACUGGCCUCAUGGUGAAAUCCCUGAGCGGUUUCCUUCCUCUCUGGCAAAUGAGUUAGGAAGGACGCCUGUAUCUUUGUAAUGACUGGGUUUAUUGAUACACCAUCCAAAGUGUAAUUAAUAACUUUACCAUGCUCAAAGGGAUAUUCAAUGUCAGCUUUUAUUAAAAAAUGUACCCAUCUACCAAUAGGUGUCCUUUGCGAGGCAUGUGUUUGAAAUUCACUGCUCAACUUACUGAUAAUUGUAUGUGGGGUACAGAGAUGGGUUAGUCGUUCAAAAUCAUGUUAAACACUAUUAUUGCACACAGUGUUAUGUGACUUGUUAAGCAAAAUAUUACCCCUGAACUGAUUAGUCUCGUCAUAACAAAGGGGUUGAUUACUCAAGACAUUUCAGCUUUUCGUAUUUAAUUAAUUUGUAAAAAUAUCAAAAAACAUAAUUCCACUUUGACAUUAUGGGGUAUUGUGUUUAGGCCAGUGACAAAAGAAAUCUAAAUGUAAUCCAUUUUAAAUUCAGGCUGUAACACAGCAACAUGUGGAAAACGUCAAGGGGUGAGAAUACUCUCUGAAGGCACCGUAGUAUGUUGCUCCACCAAUCAGUCCUGAUACUGAUACAAUACAUCAUACUCAGUCUUUCCUAUCAACAUUUCACAUCUCUCAUUGUCCUCUGUGUUAGGCAGCCAGCACAUUCCAAACAAACUCGUCCUUUCUCUUUCGAUUUCCCUGAUGAACGUUUCUUCCCCCCCUGCAGGUCGUUUCAGGCAGGUGGAGGUGCUGACAGCCAUGGCCAACGCCUUCUACUCCCUCUACUCCCACGUGUCCCGCACGCCCCUCCAGAAGCUCGCCCCUCCCGAGUUCAGCUUCUCUCCCACCGCCGACGGGCAGAUUGGACGGCGUUUCAUGGGAAGCGUCCGCAGCGAACCGAGGUCUCCAGUGGAGCGACUCAAGGACACGGUUUCUAAGAUGUGCCUGUAUACUGGCUCUGGGGGUUCCGCCCGGCUGGGCUCGGACUCUGCCUGCCCCAGACCAGGAUUCUCCCCCGGGCCCGGGUCUGGGUCGGCCCCCAAGAAGAGAAGCAGCCUGCCUGACUUGAUGGGACUGGUCCUGGAGAACACCAAGGCAGAGCCUGUAUCCAGAGACAUGGAGGAGGAUAAUCAGGAUACAGGGGACAGUAAUGAGACGAGUGCUGCUGUGGAAACGAGUGCUAUGGUAAAGGAUAGAGAGACAGAGACACAAGGAGACGUAGACAGGGAGGGGGAGCAGCGGUUGUUGUCCGAUGUACAGGAUAUGGACAAUGGUGAUAGUAAUGCGACAAGUGCUGUGGGCACACGUAUGGUCAGGGACAGAGAGGCAGAGACACCGGGACAUAGAGACACAGUCGGGGACAAGGAGUUGGAUCAGAAAUCAUCAUCAGAUAGGGCUGAUUUAGAGCGAGAUAGAGAUCCUGUCAGAACACCCAACCUUGGGGCAUCAUCACUUUCAGAAUCCGGUCAUCAAAGAGAGCCCAGUAGUAGGAAGAAGCUGAACUUUUGCCUUACUACUCCGAGUCCUACUUGUGAGGUUGGAGAAACUCAAAACACAAUUCAUCCCACAGGCUGGGCAAUGGUAGUGGCACCGGUCGCCAAGGUUACCCAUGACGUCACCCGUCCUCAGAUCGUUGAGAGUGUUCACCAGGCUCCGUACAGCAGUCAACUACAACAGUGGAAUAAUAACACACAGGCAGCGGCCAUUUUGUCAUCUGUUAUCUCCUCUGAGAACGUCAGAUCUGACCGAUCCUUCACCACAUCAGACAGACUGCACGAACCCAGGGAGGAGUGCUUAGCUACCAGUAACUCAGCCAAGAGUUUAGAGGUCGCAGUAACUCCCAUUUCAAAGGCUGAGUCUAAGGUUGAAUCCAAUUUGGGAGAAACUGGAACACUGGUGGUGUCAACGUUCGUGCCCAUAGAGCUCCCUAGUUGCAGGAAGUCCCCUUGUCUCAUCAUUGUUACUGAUGUGAUGCCUUCUAGUUCUUUAGACACAGAUGCACCCGAGAUGGUUCUCCCUCCCUGUGGUGGGACCACAGCGUUGCCUCCAGCAGCCCAGUGUUAUCCAGGUGUAUGGAGGAACAAGACGUACCUGAGUCCUCUGAAACCACCACCACUCCAGGGGCAAGGGCAGGUCUCCCACACUAUUCAACAGGCUAACUCCUUUGAGCUAGAGGAGGUAAGUGACAGAAUUGUUUUGGAUUGACCUAUAUGGCGCACCGUACUCCAGUCUCUGAGUUCCUAGGGCUGAUACACACAUCUAGCUGGUGUAGUCCAUUACCUAUCCACCCUUGCCUGCCUGACAUAUACUUGGGCCAGGAGUUUUUCCUGACUACCUGUUUUCCAAUAGGUACAUAGUGCAGGGGAGGAAGACUUUGGACAGCAAGAAACCAUAAGGUCAAUAUCUUUGUCACGGUCUACUGUCAAUCAAAACAAAGGUGAGGUCAUAGUCUUGAUUGACAUCAUCGUCAUAGUCAGUUGAACCGAGUGAUAUUAAGUGUACAUCUGCUCACUACACUCUUAGAAAAAAGGGUGCUAUCUAGAACCUAAAACGGUUCCUUGGCUGUCCCCAUAGGAUAACCCUUUGAAGAAGCAUUUUGGGUUCCAUUUAGAACCCUUUUGGUUCCAGGUAGAACCUUUUUGUGUUCCAUGUAAAACCUGGAACUAAAAAGGGUUCUCCUAUGGGGACAGCCGAAGAACCCUUUUGGAACCCUUUUUUUUUUUAAAGAGUGUAGUACCAAAGUAGUUGUUUAGAGAAAGAUGACAGAUUAGCGUGAUUCAGAGCAGCCAAAGUGCUGAAUGUGACUUUAGUUUAAUCUCACAGGAACAUGCACCCAUUUCAAGUUAGUUUGAAGUGAAUGUGGUUGAUACAGUAGCUGAAAUGGGCAGUGCUGCUGUUACAUUAGCUGCGAAUGAGUUGCUCUGUGUGUGUGUGUGUGUGUGUGUGUGAAGAAAAGUGUGUUCACAACUUGUACCCACACUUUCUCGUAAGAAUCAUUUCUCCCAUUAAUUUUUCUUCAAGAAUGUCAGCUGAGGAAAGUAUGGGCAGAUUUCUGGUUGACCCUGCAUGUUUUUUAUUCUGGGAAGUAGUGUAGGCCUGAUAUGCUGAAAGCCAUGAGAAGAAUAGGACUGUAUCCAUCGGUGUUGUAGGUCUGGCGGUAGUUCAAGAGUUAAGUGACGUGUGAGAGUAUGGCCGUCUGUGUGUAGACCUGUGUUUUUCUUUCUGUAGGUCUGGUGAUUCGAGGGGACAGCAUGCAGUCAGACAGUAGUGGCUACGCUGAUGAAGACAUCUACUCCCCUGACAGAGACAAGCUGACAGACACUGCCCCUACAGGGAACUCUUGAGAAUUAUUUAUUUGAAUGAGUCACACAAACAUAUUUCAGCCACUGAAGGUAUAUAUUCAACAGAUAUGGAUUGUUUGAUUUAUGAAGAGGUUUGUUAAGUGUUAAUGACAUCAUGAAUCGGGUGGCGUCAUUCCGAAUACACCCACGUAACACCGGUGCUUUGACUGAGUGCAGACAGUUGUCUUCCGUCGGAUAACGCAUUGCCCCGAAGGUAUAUUUAACACACAGGUCAAGUUGCAGCCUGACUUGAUGUGCAGGCAUUGCGUUGCAUCAACCAUAGCCUGUGGCGCACAGACUAUGCAGUCAAGUGGCGGUUAGCUGAUAUGUUAAAUACUUACCCAGGCGUCGUAAGAUCUGGCAGUGUAGUCGGACAGGAAGUCAACCCUUCGGUUUGAUUGUGGAGACUGUCCUAUGUCCAUAGUGUUACUGUUGAUGACAAUCAAUCCAUGCACAAGAUGCUACUGCUGUGCCUUUGUGAAAGUUAUUUAUGGAUGUUUUAAAGAUAAAUGUUUUAAAAUUAAGAAUCA